GCGAUGAGAAGGAGAUGGCUGAACUUAGAUAGUCCUGUGCUUGGACACAUCUCCACCAUGGACCUUCUCCGGAGGAAAGAAGGGUGCAGUGGACGCCUGCUCGUCCUCGCUCUGGUGCUCGUGUGGUGUUCAGGGACUGCGGACGGAUUCGGACAAAACCUGGACAGCGAGUUCACGUUUCUGCUGCCAGCCGGAAGAUCCGAGUGUUUCUUUCAAACAGCAUUAAAGAAUGGCACCAUGGAGGUCGAAUAUCAGGUGAUCGCGGGUGCUGGUAUGGAUGUAGACUUUACCAUCAUCUCUCCAGAAGGCAUCCGGCUCAUCAUGGAGUCUCGACGCUCUGAUGGAGUCCACGUGGUGGAGCCGACGGUGGAGGGAGACUAUGAAAUCUGCUUUGACAACAGCUUCAGUCGCUUCUCAGAGAAGAUGGUGUUCUUUGAGAUCAUCAUCGAGGGUCAAGGAGGAGAUGUGGGCGGAGAUGAAGAGUGGCCGGGAUUAGUGGAGCCUGAUGGGAGCCUUCUGGAGUACAAGCUGGACGACAUUCGGGAGUCCAUGGAUUCUCUGCACAAACGCUUGGAGCGCAGCCGGCAGAUGCAGACGGUGUUGCGGGCUUUUGAGGCGCGGGACCGAAACCUUCUGGAGGACAACCUGUGGAGGGUUUCCUUCUGGUCCUGCGCCAGUGUGCUGGUGAUGCUGUGUGUGGCCUUUACCCAGGUAAAUGGAGCACCGACACAACGCACAACACUUCUAAUUUGA